AAAGUAAGAAAUUGUUCUUCUGCAUUAUGUAACAAUCUAAUAUUUCAAAGCUUAGCAGCUUUUUAAGGAUGAAAAAAAAAUGCUUUUCUAUUAACAUUAUAACUUUGAAUGAGACAUUGAAGUCAAUAACUACCUCAAGGUUUUUCUCUGCUGCACAUGAUGUAACUGAAAGGCCAUCCUUACUUACUACCUAAUCAGAAAGUUUUAUUAUAGUAUACAGCUUUGGCCCUAGUAAAAUGUAUUUUCUUGUGUGGAAAUUAAUAGGGGGUGGUUUAUCAGCAUUAAGUUACUAUUGCCUUUUACCUGUUUUUACAUUAUUGAGUAUCUGAGAUCUUUCAUCUGAUUUCAAUGAACCAAACAACUGUUUGUCAUCAACAUAGCACUGGUUAUGGGUGCAUGUGUGUGUAUUCAAAUGUACUCACUGAUUAAUACUGACAAGGAUCAGACAUUGUGGUUGAGAUAUUGAUACAGCUUGACCAGCUGUCUGGUUGCCAAGUAACCAGUCUCACGUUACAGACCUUACAAUCUAUCUUAUUUAGAAUGCAUGAUGUCACACACUCAGUCACACACACUCUUGCUCACACUCCUCUCUGCAUCACAGCUACCAGACUGUCCUGUUCCUCAAGGACACAACUUGGAGGCUGCUUUAACUGGUAUUUUGAUGUGUCAUUUGCCAGCUAAUACACAAUAGAUGCCUUUUUAGAGGUUGUGCUUACUAACUUUGGUUAGGACAUUCUUGAACUCCCUGAGAGUUCUAGUUAAUACAGGCUGCAGUUUUCAAAGUUUCAUGCUUUAGAAAGGUUACAUUUAAAUUUCACAUUUCUCCCUUUAUUGAGUUUAGAGUGGUUGUAAGGAUGAGGUGCGUCACAGUUGUGCUGUGUUGCACUGUGCUGCUAGUGCAGCUGAUGAUGACCAACUCACAAAAUGCAGGUGAAUGUUCUCAGCUGGAUUCAUGUGAUCGAUGCACCACUGGAGACCCUGCCCUCAAUUUGACUAAUUGUGUUUGGAAAAGCUGUGACAAUGAUAAUAACACAAGGUGCAUACCUGUCACUGAAGACUCUGGAGACUGUGCUGUGUACAAUGACACAACCUCCUGCCCAACAGUUAGUGAGAGCUUUGAUGAAAGUGGUUCAGAUGAUUCUUCUUCUGGCUCAGAGCCAGAGUACUCAGGCAUCAUUUGAUCUGUCCAGCUUUAUUGGUGGGAUCAUACUUGUGUUGUCGCUCCAAGCAGGGGCCUUCUUUGCCUUGCGCUUCCUCAAAACAAAAGACAGCACCUAUGAGACCAUUGACCAACCCCAGUGAUGAGGACAAACAGCAAGCAAAUGAUUGACUAAAGAAAACAAACAUGGAAGAAAUAAACAUCAAGAAAUUAGUAAAGCAGAAGAGGCAGCCGAAGAAAAAGUGGCAAGAGUUGGAAGAGCAAUGUGUAGUGCUCUUUUUAAGGCCUUAUAUAUUUGUUUGGGUUUUAGUUUGUUUGAUUUAGUUUUUUAUUUCUAUAUGUUUGCAGAAGUACAUGCUUUAAAAUCCUUAUUGAUCAAACCAUUAUUUUAUAUUAUCUGUCCUAGAUCGUUCUCAGGUCUGUUUUAAUUGAUUUGUCAACUUUUUUUCCUAAUUCUGUUUGUUGGUUUUGUUUGUUGGUGGACAGUUAACGUAAAAUCAUUAAAUCAUCAAUAUAUAUUGUAUAUAAUAAAUAUAUACAGAAUAAAUGAAUAAGGG